AGGAUGUGGAGAAUAGUAGUAGAUGCAGUGCGAGUGUAUGUGAACAGCAGCUCCGAGAACCUCCAGUAUCCUGUCUUGUUUGUAGUUCGCCAACAGAAGGGGGUGCUGUCAUGGCAAGUCCCACUAAUUUUUCGAGGCCUCUAUCAGAGGACAUACAAUUACCAAGAAGUGAGUCGGACCCUCUGCCCUUCUGAGCCAACACCUGAGGCAGGACUCUCUGACCAGGUCAUAUUUGUGGAUGUCGCUUCCAUGGCACCAUUUGAUAUUGCGUAUGAGCUACUAGUCACCAGGCUUGACAACUUCCAACUUGAGACAAACAAAGCCUUUAACUUCACUGCCAGCCCUUCCCAGCCCCAGUAUUUUCUGUACAAGUUCCCUCAAGAUGUGGAUUCGGUCAUCAUCAAAGUGGUGUCUGAUGCAGUCUACCCCUGCUCAGUUGUCUCUGUCCAGGAUAUUGUGUGCCCUGUAUAUGAUCUGGAUCAUAACGUGGAAUUCAACGGUGUUUAUCAGUCCAUGACAAAGCAGGUGGCUAUAACGGUGCAGAAGAAGGACUUCCCAGGUGAACAGUUCUUUGUUGUGUUUGUCAUCAAACCGGAGGACUACGCCUGUGGGGGUUCUGUGCCUUCCUCCAUCAGUGGAAGCAGCAACCGUACCUGGAACCUCCAACGAACAAAGAACCUUCAAGUGACAAUUGUGCCUUCUAUUAAAAAGUCUGUUUAUGUGCAGGCCAUGUUCUUCAGCUUCCUGAGCUUCCUCUCCUUUUACCUGGGCUCAGUGAUUGUUGCUUUCGUUCACUAUAUCAGGGUUCGAAGGAAAGCUUCAGCUGGCAGAUACAGUCCUGAUGAUGGAUCUGGGAUUAUGACUUCUUCGCAUCCUAUCACAGCCAGUACUCCUGAGGGAAGCAGCUAUGGUGCUAUCGAUGAGUCGAGCUCCAGUGGCGGACGGCAGCUGUCUUCCCCAGAGCAUGGGCUACAGGCUGGUUCAGACACUGACAGCUCUGUUGAGGAGGAGAGUGACUUUGACACCAUGCCAGAAAUUGAAAGUGAUAAGAACGUCAUCCGCACUAAGGUGUUCCUCUAUUUGUCAGACUUGUCCAGGAAGGACCGAAGGAUUGUCAGCAAAAAAUACAAAAUUUAUUUCUGGAACAUCAUCACUAUUGCGGUGUUUUACGCCCUGCCAGUAAUCCAGCUCGUCAUCACCUACCAGACGGUAGUAAAUGUGACAGGCAAUCAGGACAUCUGCUACUACAACUUCUUGUGCGCUCACCCCCUUGGGGUGCUGAGUGCCUUCAACAACAUCCUCAGCAAUGUGGGCCACAUGCUGCUGGGCUUUCUUUUCCUUCUGAUUGUGUUGCGCAGAGACAUCCUCCACCGUCGGGCCAUGGAGAUGAAAGACAUCUAUACCCUGGACUAUGGGAUCCCAAAGCAUUUUGGUCUUUUUUAUGCUAUGGGCAUUGCUCUGAUGAUGGAAGGGGUGCUCAGUGCCUGUUACCACGUCUGCCCCAAUUACUCCAAUUUCCAAUUUGACACCUCCUUCAUGUACAUGAUCGCAGGACUGUGCAUGCUCAAGCUCUACCAGACCCGCCACCCAGACAUCAAUGCCAGUGCCUACUCUGCCUAUGCCUCGUUUGCUGUGGUCAUUUGUCUGGCAGUCCUUGGAGUGGUGUUUGGGAAAAAUGACAUGUGGUUUUGGGUCAUUUUCUCAAUGAUCCAUGUUUUGGCCUCUUUGGCUCUCAGCACUCAGAUCUACUACAUGGGCCGCUUCAAGAUUGAUGCCCCUGACUCAGACCUGGGGAUAUUUCGCCGGGCAGCGAUGGUGCUAUACACGGACUGUAUCCAGCAGUGUAGCCGACCAAUGUACAUGGACAGGAUGGUGCUGCUCAUUGUUGGAAACCUUGUCAACUGGUCCUUUGCUAUCUUUGGACUAGUGUAUCGGCCCAGAGACUUUGCCUCCUAUAUACUGGGAAUCUUCAUCUGUAACCUGUUGCUGUAUCUGGCUUUUUACAUCAUCAUGAAGCUCCGCAGCUCGGAGAAGCUCCUGCCCAUCCCCCUGUUCUGCAUUGUGGCUACGGCAGUGAUGUGGGCGGCUGCCCUCUACUUCUUCUUCCAGAACCUCAGCAGCUGGGAGGAGACUCCGGCAGAGUCUCGAGAGAAGAACCGGCCGUGCAUCCUGCUGGGCUUCUUCGAUGACCAUGAUGUCUGGCACUUCCUCUCUGCAGCUGCCUUGUUCUUCUCCUUCCUGGUCCUGCUAACCCUGGAUGAUGACCUGGACACAGUGCGCAGGGACAAAAUCCCAGUGUUCUGAGCGCUGAGGGGAAGCGCGGGGUGUCCUGAGCUGCUUGGCUGGCCAAGGGCGCUGGCCACAGGUGUCCAUGGGAAACAAACCUGCUUCUGUGCCCAGCAGCCCUGGGGGAAAAGAGGAGCUGGAUCCCAUGCAAGCCCAAAGGGAUGCUGCAGUAACUGAGGCAGGACCUGAAGGAAGGAUGGUGUUUGCUCCUUUCCCGCAGCACGUGCUGGGGCAGGCACUGCCUGAAGCCAGUGAGAACUUUCUGGCUUCUGCACCUCCAGUGGAAGCCAGUGAAGAGGGAGUAACCGGAGGUUUUGGUCAUUGACUCUGGUGAGUGGGCUUAAGGUACAAUGCAGACCCUUCCUGUGUCCACAGCUGGUGCCUGUACUCUGGGGGCUGCUGCUGGGUCCCCUUGGCAGGUGCUGGGGCGAGUAUUUGGUUCCUGUCUCAUGGCUGUCCCAAUGUGCAAAACAGCUGCUGGGUGAGCAAAGGACUCCAAGCUGAGGUGGCAAUGGGGGAUUGUUUUCUUUUUGUUGGAGAGGCUUGUCAUGCGGCUGGAGGGGAGCCAUGAUAACAAGAAAAAUCCAUCUAAGGGACUGCAGUGUUUGAGGGAGAUGGUGGACCGGAGCUGCCCAUGAGUGCUCUGCUAGAAGGAGAGCCUCCUGUCUUGACUGUUGCAGCCUCUUUUCCUUAUACACAUUGAACAACCCCACCCCUUCCCUCUGGCAGCUUCUAUGUGGCCGCUUGUCAGCGUGGCGGUCUCCUUUACUGCACCCAAAGUGCUGUCUCCAAGCAGGUAUAAGAAGGGUGGUGUGGUGGAGUCACAGCCUUGUUUGCUGUGUAGCUCCCUGGCCCCUGCUGCGUGGUCCAGGGAGCCUUGCUAAUUGGGCAAAGAGAAGUGAGGAACCUGUCCAGAAACCUCUGGCUCUUUCUGGCUCCUAUGUGCUUGCUUUAGGCAAACUUGGCAAAGCAGGUUCCCAUUCUGGGUUGGAGGUGAGGAGGAGAUCUUAUGAGGGCUGGGGUUGACCUCUUUAGAUCUGGACUAAACUUCCCCCCACCCACCCCCCCACUUUUUUUCAUCUGAAACAGUUUUUUUUUAAUAGCUUCUGCAUUCAUCCUGAAUUCUCAGUUAUUUAAAAAGCAAGAAUAAGAUGUGAAAUAUUGCAGGCAUUGCGUCUAAAAUGUGACCUGCUUUGCUAGUUUUGAAUUAAAAAGUAUUCUUUGAGGCCUACUGUCCUUAUUUUUGUCAUUAUCUGAGCAUUUUUCCUUUGGUGUAUGUGCAUGUGUAUGUAUCCAGUGAUGCAAAGGCUUUGUUCUAGUCAUGUUUAUGUAAGCAGAAGGCUGUGGUAAUUUUCUAUUCUGAGAAGUCUGUAUUUUCUAGGAAGGUUUUGCACUAACAAAAGUGCAAAAAAAAAUUCUUUUUCUUCCUCCUAAGUUGGAGUUUGUCAAGAUGGUCAAUAAAAUGGAUAUUCCCAGCUCCCUGCUCUGCAGGUCAGUCUGAGUUCUUCUUGCUUCAUGUGUUAGCAGCAAGGAGAGCACUCUAGGCAAAGUGGUGCCCGGUGGUUUAACACAAGAGCUAUCAUCCUUAGGUUUCACCAAGAGCAAACGCUGAUCCUUGCAACCAGUUUCCUGAACGUAUGUAUUGAUGCCUGGCUUGCUCUCCUAACCAAAUUGCCUUUAUGGGGCUAAUUGCUGUAAAGAGCUGAAGUUCCUGUUUGUCACUAGACCCUAGGUGCAUUGCCAAGAGGCAUGGAGAAGGGAUGCCCGGGGCAGGCUGUCGGCUGGUUAUCUUCCCGAGUGGAGCUGCACUGAGACGUAGCUGCGUAGCUCCGUAGAAGGAUUAGGCUGAAGAUAGUCCUUAUUUUUUCUCUUCAGCUACCCAGCAACCUUGCCAUAUGUUCUCUGUCUACCUAAAAUGACAGACCAGUGACACAGACUUGCCUGCAGAGUCUUUUCCAUUUGGGGUGUGUGGCAGGGGAGAAGGACUCUUGGAAAGUCCGAGAACAAAAGGUCCAAAAAAAACCCCACAACACCCCCUUGCUGCUGACUGCAUCUCUCACAGCAUGGUUGUAACUGGCUCCAUCUGCACAGUGAGUUUUAAGUUUCUGUACCUGGAAGCGUGUGAAUGUUUGACCCAACAGCUUCUUUUGUCCCCCACCCUGCAAAUGCAAGGGCUGCUGUAGGAGCCCAUGUUCUGCGUUUCCAGGUCUCUGACAGGUUAGCGAAACCAAAAUCUGUGGUAAUCUGUGCUACAGAGCAGGUUGAGGUGUGCAGGGUGGGAGACCUCUGGAGCCUGUGAUCUUUUCAGAGCCCUCCUUAGAGGGCAGUGGUAUAUUCAGUGUUAGCAUUGCUGCAAGUAAUGUCUCUUUCCUCCUUUUCUCUGCCUCUUUAGUACUGGCUCACCCAGCAGGAGCCAAGGUGCAGGGCAUGGCUAUGUGAAGCCCUGCUGCGGGGUGGCAGUUGGGAGCUGCAUGAAGAGCUGCAGCAGUGGCUUGUUGGGAGGUGACAUGUUCCUGUGAUGCUGAUGUCACUAGUUAAGGUGAGCCACGGAGCAAGUCAGAUGGUACUUCAGGGCCAGGAGAAGGAGCUGCCCUCCUCAGGGAAGAAAACUUCCUGCUGGAGUCCUCACCGUGGGCCUUGCACUGAAGUGUCUCAUUCUAGCAAGUGCCUGGAGAAGCUUAGUUCAAGCCCCAUGUGGACCUUUGGAGUGGGGUACCAGGUCUCACGUGUGGGCAUGCUUGCAGGACUUGCAGUGGCGAGGGGAGCAGGUUAAUUCCUGGGUCCUGGGGGCAUGUGACAGGUGACAACAGGCAAGGCCUGUCUCCCUCCUACGGGACCUGGGAGGAGAUGCGUUGCUCUUAUCAGUUGAGGCCUUCUUGGAGGUGGGAGACUAUGCUGGGGUAAGAAAAAUGUUUGAGGUGGUGAUAAUGCCCUGCAUUUGCCUGAGGCUCAAAGAUUAGAGCAUCUGCCUCAUAUAGAAACUUCACUAGGCUUGAGCUUUAGCUGCCUGGUUCUCUGGUGCCCAUGCAGCAGUCGGACCAUGCGGUUGCACUUGUGAGCCCAUCAAAUAUUUUACACAAAGUGGGCAAGCCUGGCCAGAGAUUCCAGUGCAGUUUCUUACAAGAACUAGCCAAUGUUCCCUCUCUGAAACCCCUUGAGUUAGAGGUGGGGAGAGGAGGGACAGUUACAGAACCUCUUGAUCUUGGGAGCUUAGCAGGCUGCACAACUGGUAUCUAAAGAGGUGUUUUGGGGGGCCUUCACCCUGAGGGAGGAAGUGGCUGAGCCUGGGAGGAGCUCACGUUGGAUCCUACCCCUUCGAGUCUAACCUGAAGUCCUGUUUGUUCAUUGUGCCGCCUUUACCCCCACAUGGACACCCUACACCCAUCAGCUGCAGGCUCGGCCCUUGCCUUGUAGGGCAUUAACCUGUGUUUAGAUGCUGAGAAAGAGGAACAGCUUUUUCUCUUCUUGGUGUAUCCUGUUACAUGUAGGAUAGGUUAAGGACGUGAGAUAAGCUGUUGGGCUAGGGGGAAGAGCUCACAUUAGACUAAAGAAAGGCUUAUGUCCUCCAAAGUUGGUCUAGUUUUGUUACAACUAUCCACCAUUUUAAUAAAAGAUGCUCCCUUUUCCUUUGCCUUGCCUAGUCUGGAGUCUUAGCCCUUUGUCCAAGCCUGUAUUUGUUUGUAACCAAGAAGCUAAUUUAUCUUUAGAUAUGAAUCUGAUUGAUAGACUGUAAUGUUGAACAGCAGUGGGAAGGGUUAAUGUUGAAGGUGGAAGAGAGGACACAUGGGCUAGCUCAGCUAAGCAGAGAUGAGCACAGGUACGUGUGGCAAAGUGUUAGCAGCAGUGAGGGAGAGCUUGGCACAGGAUGGUGAGCAGCAGAAAAGCAAGCAGAAAAGCAUGCAAGAAUUAAAUUUGAAGCUAGCUAAAUACAAGUAAAGGCAUCUCAAUUGUAAGAGAUAGGAGGAAGGGUGGGAAUUGUCUCCCUUCCUCUUCUGCACCUCCAGGUUGAUGGGUCAAAUUUUGAAAUUUCCCCUAGGCUUUGCUCUGCUCUGGUUUGUUUAUACUUGAGUUCUGCCACCUAGUGGUUGCUGGAGGACCCAGCCCGGUGGGAGCAAAGGCUGUUGUUUUGAGGUGUUUGAGUGCCUCUGGCUGGCAGGGUGGCCUAACGCAGAGCUGCCCCGGCACCAGGCUGUCAACUGUCCUGCUCUAGCUUAGCAACGCAGUGCUCAGCACCUAAAGGCUACUGAAGCCUGGAGUCCUGCAGUACUUCACAAGGUGAAUGCAUGUGGGGGAAGGCAGAAGUGCUAGGGGCCCUGUGCUCCCUGAUCUGCAGGCAGUGCCUUUGGGACUCAAUUACAUCAUCUCUCUUGUUUUAUGUUUCACUUUUCUCUGUUCACUGAAGAAAAUGGCAUUAGACUGAGGUGUGGGGAGGGGGGAAAAAAAAAAAAAGAGCAGCAGUUAUGAAGAGUGCGUGUGUUAGAGCUUCAGUUAGCAUCUGAGGCUGCCACUCACCGUAGGCUCAGGCGCUUCUGCUGCCAACGGGCAGGUAGCCUGGUCCCUGCUCCCCUGCCUCAUGCUCAUCCGGCCGCCCACAGCCUACCUCAACAGCCCUUGAAAGGGAAGAAAAAUGGUUGUUUUCUGUUGGACUUUCUGGCCCCUGCCACCCCCUUCAGUGAGCGUGUGGCUCACAGCAGGGGCUGAGGUGCACAAUGGAAGAAGGGUCCGAGGCCCUGGCUGGAAGUGGUGGAGGCCAAACUAAUGUUCAAUGCAUUAUGGAAACCAUAUCUCCACAGCAAUGCCUGCCCUAAGCCUUCAGCAGUUGGUUACUAAACACUCACAUUUAGAUGUGAAAUCAUGAGGCAGAUGACCAGCCUCAUGUUUUGUGAGCAGAACUACUGACGUGUGCUUGCAUAUAGAGCUGUGGUCUGCAGUGCCUGCAAUGCUUUCCCUAGUGCUAAACCUGCCUUGGCCUCUGGAUGCCUUGCUAAGUAAAAGGCAGCGCAGGGCGGUGGUCAGGCUGAAGCUGUUUUGGGUGGUGCGUGGCCAGAAAGCUGGUGCCAAGCAGCCUCUGCUUUCCAGCCAGGAGGAACAUGACCUUGCUGCUUUGCUUUAACCUUGUGCUCCUCUUCACACAGCUCCUGGGCAGGAGUCUGCCACAGGUCUGCUGACUGCAAUUCAAGAGACUAGAUGGACAGAUAGUAAUACUCGUAUACUCCUUUUUUGCUUAGGAGGUAAAGUUUUUUUUUUUUUUUUGUAGGUAAAGUUUUUUUUCUGUCCUGGACAACUCAAUGUGGGGCGGGGGGGGGGUAGCUUUUGUUUAAAUAAAUAAAUCCCUAAACCUCAAAAUUAGGGAUGCUGUUAGAUGCAUGUGAGCUGACAAUGUUACAGCUACCACCAAAACCUCUGGGAUGGUAGGAAAAAAAAAAAACAGCCAAGCUAGAAGGAGCAUGUGGCACUUUGAGACGUGAUGGCAAAAACGUUAGCAGUUAAAAGAAGAGUUUUUGUGCCUAUUAAAAAACAGUGGCAUUGACACAGAGCAGAGAGGCUUGUGGCAAAAAUAAAAAUGUUUGUUAUCAAUAGGAAGAGGCACAGGGUGAUCUUGUACAUUAACAGGAUUUACAUCAGCUGGACAUGUGCUGAGGUAGGUAGGUCCUGGGGUGGGUGGGAUCAGUUUGAGCCAGUCUCUCUUGUGCUUUUGUAUGUGGUUGCCUUCAUGUAUGCUUGCAUGUGGCCUCCCCCAGCAUGUGUAUGAGACCAGCCCUCCUGAGGCCCCAAAGCAACUUUCAGAUGGGGAAAGCACAAGAAUGAUGAGUGGGAACUCGCUGCCCUGUGGCUCAGUUGUGGAGCCAGCAGCACAGGCUGCACACUCCCGCAACAGCACCUCUCCAUCACCCACAGCUAAGUUCUGCAGUUGCAUCAGGUGCCUGUGUGUUGUUCAAUGUUAAGGGCAACAGCCCCUCCUUAAAGGUAUUUAGAUGCUUAAUUUCCUGUUGUCAUUCCAGUUUCCCUAUUGACUAUAUGAAAAGGCAGGUCUCUACAGCCAGGGGGAGACACCUCUGUGCACUCAGUCAACAAGCUAGCACCGAAAUUGGUCUGUUGCUCCUCCACAACGCUCAGCACUGUGAAGGGCAGUUGAACAGCCCUCAGCUCUGGCCUGAGACCUAGCAGUGCUCAGGGAGCAAGGGCUGAGACCAGCCAGCCUCCAAGCUUGGCUUAAGGUUACCAUUACAGCUCGGAGACUGUGAAGUGCAUGUCUGUAGUCAUGCCCACAUCUUCUUGAUGCUCUAACAAACCACAGAGCUAGCACAAAAUAGAAGUUAGUCUAACUUAGUAAAAUUACUUAAAAAAAAAAAAUCCUCCUCCAUGAAGGCAUUUUCUGUAUCCACAAAGAUUUUUUUUACGGUUUAUGACCAGGGCUUCCUUUAAUCCUCCAAAAGGAAUUGCUUUGUAGUAUUUCUAACUCUCCCUCAGCUCCUCAUGUAUUACUCCAGCUCCCAAACGGCUUUCAUUUAGCCCUUGUGGAGUCUCUGUUGUAGCAGGCUAUUCCAAAGCUCAUCCUGUGGGUUCAGAACUGCAACCAAAGAAAUGCUGUGUGGCGCUGGGCACGGCUCAGCCAACAAAGCAGUGAGUGGCAGGUACUCCUAGAAGCUGGUUCUUAACACAGUGAUCACUGUUUCCUGUAUAGGAGCAACAUAUGUCAUGCAUGAUUUAGAUACUUCAUUAUGAGUAUGUUUCUUCUGGGCCAUGGAGUCUUAUAUAUCAAAAUGAAGUGAUAUACACAAAUAUUCUCGAUAUAAUUUUCCACAGCUAACUAACUCUGGUAUAUAAUUUUCAAUUUCCAGUCCCAAAAACAAACCUUUUUUUUUUUAAACAUAGCUUGAAGAAAAAUGAGUGGUUUUUCCAGAGGAAAAAAAUAGUAACAAAAGAAUACGGUACGCAAAGAGCAUUUUUCUUUUUUUAAUAAAAUACUAUAAUGUUCAUAUCUAUACAAAUAAUUAUUACAACCAUUAAACAAAGUGUUACAUUUAACAAUAGAAAUUUCAGAACUCUGAACAAGAUUAUGGUUUGGGAUAUUUACACCUGACUGCAACACAUUUGUAAAAAGAUGUCAAAAUAAAGAGAAUAAGAUCUUAUUUACAAUUGAAAGAUGAUGUUCCUGAUCAUUCGUUAUAUAUUUCUACUGCAGAUUUCCUUUUUCCAUUACAAAAUAGUAUGGACUUUCCACUGGGGCUGUAUCCAAAUAAUUUACAGCUGUAUAAAACAGGAGCACAGCAGAAAAUUCUGGACCAAAUAUAAAUAAUUUACAUCAUGGAGGGCAACAGCAUCUUUGAUUAAUCUCCUGUGGCAAAAUCCAUAUUUGCUUUCCUUCUCACAGUGAGCAGGCAGGAACAGGGGUACAGCAUGCUACUGUCUUAGUUGUUUCAUAUUUGUGAUUACUGAAACAGCAUAGCUAAGUCCCAUCAUAUGGCAAACCUGGAACCUACAUGUAAAAAUGCCUAUGUUAAUCUUUUUUUCUUUUUUAAUACAAAAAUGAGCCACCAAAGUAGAGGCCAGCACUUUGAAAUUAGAUCAAGUUAUUCUUCUGUAUUUAUCAUUUCAAAACUGGUAUCAGCAACUAAUAAAUGGCUUUGGUGGGACAGGUGUAAUUAGGCAGGUCCCAUUAGCAGAGAGAAGAUGUUUUUUUUUUUAAGUACGAUCUUUUGCCAGUUCACAGGCUAAUUUGCUCUUGCUAUAACCAGUGGGAAUAAGGGGUUGAUGCUCCUCUGAGGUCUUAGCAGUGUAACCACUAGCAGCACUGGCUCAGCAGCAGGAGAGGGGAGUGUUAGUAGAAAAUUUGAGGUUAGGUGAAGAUAUAGGGUGGAGCUCCUUCUAUCGCUGUAUUAAAUGAACACCAGUGUUUGGAACAAUUUGGUAUCAACAGAAUCAAUUCUGCUCUGUCUUUCCAUGUCAUCGUGAGCUCAUUAUUAAGAGGGAAAGCUUGAAAAUGAUUUUGGGAAUGGAGGAAGUGGUCACAGCUCUUACCACAUUAGCCUACGCUUAGUUAUCCAGAAGCAGGUUACAGUACAAGUCUGUGACAAAGUCCUUUAGCCAGAACUGCACAAGUACCUCUGCAUAAGGUGAAAAGACAACAGGGGCUCAGGAACUAAUAAAACGACUCCUCCUUGCUAGAAAUGCCCUUUGCAGUUGCCCUGCCAAACGAUUUGUUUUCUGCAACAGCACUACAGUCACGAUCACAGCAGCAGCAGUGCAGCUUUAAAGUGCGGUAGGGGAUCUGUGCAAAAUUCAGGAGGCUCUACACUAGCACAGUGCUUUUUUUUGUUUGUUUGUUUGUUUUUUCUCCCAAGAGAUGUGUUCUUCCCCCUGGACAGCCGUCUAGGGAUGGGAGAGGAGCUAGAAAACACAUUGCAAUAUGGCUCAGACACAGGCUCAAAUCGCUUCAUGUCUCAAUUUCUGUAGCGGCUAUUAACUGAGCUCCUCUCUCAAAGAAAACUCACAUACAUGUUAAUACAUUACUAUUUUAUUGCCUGCUUUCAGCUUAAGCUAAUUUUGCUCUUAUUCUCCUAGGUUUCUUAAGGGAUUAAUCAAAGAUUACACUAAAAUACCUGCAAUUCAGCCCUAUACCCAUUUGUUACUGUUUGCUGAGGUCACUUCUGUUAUGCUGAAAGCCCCAGAUGCACAAUUCUUGUCAACUGAGGCCAUCCCACCCUAGAGGUAGUUCUGAACAGUUCACUUCUAUUACUGGUUUUGUCAGAUUAAAUAGUACUGAGUAUUUUUUCCUUUCCUUUCUUCAAAAACAAACCAAAACACUCACUCAGUGUAAGUAACCUUCAACAAAGUAUUAUGGAACCAUUACAGAAGAGAAAAUUCCAUUCUACAAAAAAUCUUUCCCCAAAUAUCCCUUUAAAAACAAAUGACAUUUCCAGGUAAUUCUUAGGAGAAAAGAAUACCAAGUUGUUAGUGUCACAGAGGUUUGAUGAAGAAAACGUAUUUGUUUUAGAAGUCUUAUUAUAACAAACAAAACAGAAUUAUUUGCUCUGUAAAACUUACAGGAAACUCCUUUAUCAAAUAGUUUUUUUUUUCCUUCUUCUUCCACAAAGCAUAUACUGAGGUAAAGUGAGCCUUUCUUAAGGUCUUCUGAUCUACCUGAUACCUAAACACAACGGUUUCAAUGCUAGAAAAAAAAAAGGGGGGGGGGGGAGAGAAAUAACUGUUUCCAUUCAAUCCCAAAGCUGUGGCGAGCUCUCCUCACCCCGAGAGCUGAGUUCUUGGAAAUGGCCAGCAGCCAAAACACCAACCUGCCAAUGGCCCAACCUCUUCUACCAAAUUAAUGCAAGACACUGAGUCACAGCCUUGUCCAGGGGGAAAAAGCAGAGGUAACGAGUUUACAGUAAAGAGGAAAACCAGAACAAUUUUGUCAUUAAAAACUAGCAAAAAAAAAAAAA